AUAUAUAAAUCACAACACUUACCACCUUAACGCAUUCACCAUCAAUCUUCACUUCACUUCACUUCACUUACCAUGAAGUCUCCUCCUUUUGCUUUAGCUGUUCUUGUCUUGGUUGCAGCAGCAUAUGUGAUGCAUGUUAGCUUUGCAACGCCAAUUCUCUUACCACCACCACCACCACCUACCAAUGCUAAUUGUCAACCCCCAUCACCUCCGCCACCACCAACAUAUCCCCCGCCACCCACACCGACUCCAGCAUAUCCCACACCACCCACACCGGCUCCAACAACUCCCUCGACAACCCCACCGUCUCCAGCAUAUCCCACGCCACCCACACCGCCUCCAACAACUCCCCCGACACCGUCUCCAACAUAUCCCCCCAAAACCCCACCGGCUCCAACAACUCCCACCACACCCCCAUUGACUCCAACAUAUCCACCGACAACCCCACCGGCUCCAACAAACCCCCCCACACUUCCACCAGAUUGUAAUAACAACACUCCGCCGCCAACACCUAUUAUAACACCCCCACCAGCUCCAACGCCAACACCUAUUAUAACACCCACACCAGCUCCAACCCCUGGUAAUUCACCCAACGUCCCCCCAAGAAUUCCACCUACACCUAAUACCCCACCAUCUGUAAUUCCUCCAUCUCCUCAGACUCCCAACUCUUCACCACCACCUGUUGUUCCACCCACACCACCUUGCACCCCCAAAGCUCCAUCCUAUCCUACUCCACCAGCCAACGGUCCACCCGCUGGAACUCCGCCACCGGCUCCUACAAAUCCAUCCACACCCCCAGCGGCUCCAACAAGUCCCCCGACAACCCCACCGUCUCCAACAUAUCCCCCCAAAACCCCAUCGGCUCCAGCAACUCCCUCCACACCCCCACCGGCUCCAACAAAUCCCUCCACACCCCCACUGGCUCCAACAAGUCCCCCGACAACCCCAUCGUCUCCUACAUAUCCCCCAAGAACCCCACCGGCUCCAACAACUCCCACCACACCCCCAUUGACUCCAACAUAUCCACCGACAACCCCACCGGCUCCAACAAAUCCCCCCGCACUUCCACCACCAAACUGUAAUAACAACACUCCGCCGCCAACACCUAUUAUAGCACCCCCACCAUGCACCAGCAUUGGUCAACAAGUCAUUAAGCCAUCAGCCCCACCAGCAGACUUCAAAGGAUGCUUUUCAUCUUGUGGAUUAAGGUGCGAGUUACAUUCGAACCAAGAGAGAUGUCACCGAGACUGCAUGGCAUGCUGCAACCGAUGCAAGUGUGUUCCUCCCGGUCAGUAUGGAAAGAAAGAGAUCUGUGGCUCAUGCUACACAGAUAUGAAGACUCAAGCUGGUAGACCAAUGUGCCCAUGAAGACCAUGCAUCUUUUAUAGUAGUUACCAGCUAAAGUUUAAGAAUAAAUUGGCCGGUCUUGUCUUUUGAAUUUCAGUUGUUGUUUGCUUGCAAAAUUCUUGAUAUCAAGCAGGAGGGAGUACUUUAAUGAAUACAAUAUGAUGUUUAUCAUUACGCAAUUAACAAAUUAUAUGACGUUCAACAAAUUAUAAUAAAUUCAAGAGAAAUUAAGGAACAUGUAUAUGAGCAUUUAGGUUAGGUUAGGUUGUUUAAUAAUAAAAAAAAACAUUUUAUUUUUGUUGAAGGCAUGUUAAUGUGAUGGUCGGAUACACCAAAAGUGAUGUUAUAUGAGCAUAUAAAUAAAGUUAUACAUGUAGUGUAGAUAUGUAAUCAGUAU